ACCAUGAAAAAUUAAAUUUUUUAUUUAUCGUGGUUAAAAUAUCAAUAAAAAUAAUAUUUAUUAAGUAAUAUUACAUCUUAGGUUGACGAAGGAGUAAUCAUAAUACAAGAUUUACCAGCAAAACAGUCGUAUUUUAUUUAAAUUACAUACAAUAAUGGCUCAUCAUUUCAAGGAAGAAGACAUUGAUGAAUUUAGAGAAUGUUUUUUUCUAUUUGCUAGAGAAGGAACUAUAAAUAAAUUAGAUGAACUCAGUAUAAUUAUGCGAUCACUAGGAAUGAGUCCAACUAUAACUGAAUUAAAGAAAUACUUUUCAGAAAAUAAUGGAAAAUUACAUUUUCCAGAAUUUUUAAAGGUAAUGCACAAUCAUUGUCGCGUAGAAAAAUUACCUAAUGAAAUUUUAGCAGCUUUUAAAGCUAACGAUCGUCAACAUACUGGAACUAUUCAUAGUAAACAUCUUAAACAUCUAUUACAAGGUUGGGGAGAACAUUUAAAUAGCAAAGAAGUUGAACAAAUCUUUCGAGAAGCCAAUGUCCAUCCAAAUGGCAAGGUUAACUAUGAUGAAUUUGUAAAAAUUGCUUGUGCACCAAUUCCUGAUUAUUACUAAUUAUCACAUUUUUUAAUAUUUGUUAAAUUAUUUAGUUUUAAUAAUUUUGAUUAAUAUAUCCCUCUUAUGUUAAGAAAUACUAUCUCUAAUGUUUUUCAUUCACAUAUUUCUUAUUAUACUUGAAUUUACACUAGAAAGUAUUAAAAGUGUAGAUUUUCAAAAAUUCUCUAAGUGAAGCUAUCUAUAUUUAAAUAU